CUGCGUGUUUCGUUCCGUCUCCUUCGUCAAUUAAGCACUGCCUCUCUCUCCACCUUCUGCUUCCUCAGAUCUCCAUCUCAUUUCUUGAUUCCAUAUUUCAUCCCCCCAAAAAACAAAACCCAAUCAAUCCCCCUAUGAAUUCCAAUUUCGAUUUCGAUCUGGGUCUCGGAUCCAACCGCCCCAGAUCCCUCAACGACCAAAAGAACAAAACCUCCUCCUCCUCCACCCCAUCCAAACCCGCCUGGCAACCCAACAAGACCUCCUCCUCCUCCUCCUCAUGGACCCACCAACCCGCCCCGGCCCAGACCACCCCUCUCAACGGCCCCACCUCCAUGGUCGGCGACAUCUUCGGCAAGAGCUGGGCCUCCUCCGCCCCUUCCGCCUCCGCCACUCCCAUCGCCGUCGUCAACAAGAACCCCAAUCUCUUCGGCGACCUGGUCAGCUCCGCCAUGGGCGGCAAGGUUAGUAACACCAACGUUCCUUUGAAGAAUGCAAACAAGGCCUCGUUUUCCAUGGGAAAUGUCGCUGAUUCGCUGCCCAAAACCACCGCCGGAGCUAGUUCCGGCCAGAGUGGUAUUAAUUGGGGUAGUAAUAAGGUCAAUAAUAAUAACAAAAAUGGUAGUAGUAAUAUCAAUAGUGGGUUCAAUGCUAGUAGUGCUAAGAGUUCCGGCGGCAUUGGAGGCCCGCCGCUGCGAAAUAUGGGCAGUUCUGGUGGCGGUGGCAUUGGGUCUAUGAAGGACCCAUUUGGUUCUUUGGUUGAUCUUGCUUCGAAACCAGCUGGUGGUAUGAACACUGCGGCGGCGAGUAAAGGGAGCAAUAAGAGUAAGACUAGUGUUGUUGAUGAUGCAUUUGGGGAUUUCCAGAAUGCUCCGAAACCGAGCAGUACUAGUGCAUUUGGGGACUUCCAGAAUGCUACAAAACCGAGUAGUACUAGUGCAUUUCCGGCUAGUGGCAAUAGUUUUAUGGGGCCGGAUUCGUUUUCGGGUUUUGGUGACUUUGGGGCUUCUGCUAAGCAGAAUCCUGUGCAGUCUACUAGCAGUGAUCCGCUUGACAUGUUCUUUCCUACAUCCUCGGGUUCGGGAGUGGCAAGUAGUGGAGUUGGAGCAGAGCAAUCGUCGGGAAUUGAUGAUUGGGGGACCGAGUUUGGAGGUGGAGUGGAUGAUGUGGGUGGCUCCACAACCGAGCUUGAGGGUCUUCCACCUCCUCCGGCUGGGGUGUCUGCUUCUAGAGCAAAGAGUAAGGGAAUGGAUAAUUACAAGCAGGGGCAGUAUCCGGAUGCUAUUAAGUGGCUGUCUUGGGCUGUAGUGCUUCUUGAGAAGGCGGCUGAUAGGUCUGCUCUGUCGGACGUAUUGUCAAGCAGAGCUUCGUGUUAUAAAGAAGUUGGGGAGUACAAGAAAGCAGUGGCAGACUGCACAAAGGUUCUAGAAAAAGAUGAUGCAAAUGUGUCUGUUCUCGUACAGCGUGCCCUCUUGUAUGAGAGUAUGGAAAAGUACAAACUUGGGGCUGAAGAUCUGAGGACUGUUCUGAGGAUUGAUCCUGGUAACAGGGUUGCAAGAGGCACCAUUCACCGCCUGACACAGUUGGCAGACUAGAGAAUCUCAAAAAUCUCAUUAUGCUAGCUUUCAUUCAUUACAGUUGAUACCCUUUCCCCUUUUAUGGUCAUAGAUUUAUGGGGAAUGAUAGCGUUUUUACUUGAAUACUUGCCACUGUGGAUGGUUCCAUUUGUACGUGGUAAUCGUGGCUUUAUAGGGCGUGCAAUUGGAAAUGAUUCAUUGUAACAUUUGACUUGAGAGUGGUGUUGGAAUAUAAAGAUUGAAGAAUUACACAGUA